ACGAGUGAGUAAUAAUAAAAACCGAAUUUUGUAUUAAAAAAAAGUUCGCUAGGAUCCCAUUGCCUUUUAUAAGUCUGAACUGCACUAUUACUAAGGUAUUCUAUUUUUACAAGACCUGGGCCUACCACUUGAUGCAGCCUGCGGCUAAGAAAAGCUCAGUGACAGCCGCAUAGAAAAGCCCCAUAAUCUCACUCCAUUUCCAUUUACAUUUCCCGUUCCCGGUCUCAGCCAGCGGGUUGAUUUCAUUCAAAGCAUUCAAAUUUUUAAGUAAAACUCAAAACUAAUUUUUGGCAAUAAAAACAGUAGACUCCAACUAAAAAUGAAAAUAUGGCAAUGACAGAACCGAGCGAGUAUUUACUGGACCGCCAUUUCAGACAGCAGGUGGCCAAUUACAGAGAUGUAGACCAUUCGAGGGCCAAUCCGUCGGAUCGCCUGAUAAUGGCCAAGUGGAUGAAGGUGUUCGAAAGGACUCCGAUCGACCAGAAGCUGGCACGGAAUAGUCUGAUGCUGCUGAUGCAUGGCCACUUGAAGGACUUUGGUUCUCUCAAGGAACCCUUCGCGAAUGUGUUGAAUUGCAGCCGCAAUCUAAAUGAGAUUUUGGACGAGUACAGGGGUCAGCCAUGUAAGAAUGUGUCUUUUCAGAAUAAUAAAUUCACCAACAGAGUCUCGGAAUCGCAAGCAAAGGAAAAGCCCAGAUUGGAGGCAGGCAAAUCCUCCACUCCUUCCCGGACUGUGUCCUUCAAAAGGACCACUAGUCACAUACUGCGGACCAGAAAACUGGAACCGAUUCAAGAGGUUUCCGAGCCCAACUCCAGCAGUUUUGGCAGCUUGGUAACCGUGAUCCGAAAGGGAAACUCUCAUCCCAAUUCUUCGCAGGAGGGCUCCGAAACUUGCAUGAAAUGCGUUCAAGAGACUAAAAUACAAAGUGUGAAGCAUAGAAUUCAAGCCCUAGAGGAGGAGCUCUCCAGAAAUAAGCGAGUUCCUUUGAGUACAAGUUCCUUGGAGAAUGUCAGAAAAUACUACCACAAAAGCUUCAGCUCUAGUCAUAGUGAGGUCUCUGGCUCCAGUAAUGAAGCCGUUGGGAGUGAGAGAGCCGAUAACUCUAAGACCAAGUCUCAGGAGCAACUUAUGAAGAUUACCAAUAUCAUAGAUCAGGUUACCCGUCGUUCAAGUGCUGUGAACAAUCUGAAAAGCUGUUUCGAAGAAAUGGCCGAACGUUUGAGGAACAGUUCCGAUGGUGAAUAUGUUACACCCUCACCCAAACCGAGGAAUCCGUCACCUGUACCCCCGUGGAACAAUCAGAGCUGCAAGGAGGAUGUUCCUGCUUCGAUGCCCAGGCAAACUGGAGGGCAAUCUCCUGCCCCAAAUUUUUUCGAGGACAAAACCGUUCGAGAUUUGUUGACUCGCCGGGAGGAGCUACGUGUUCAGUGCUUGCAGUACUACAAUUUGGAUGGCACUCUGAAGGACUUAAAGGAUAUGCCUGCGCCUCCAAAUGAUACUAAAGAAACUGAACUUAGGGUCAAUGGAUUUAUAGAUGGAUCCUACAAAGCGUUGGAACGUCUGAAACGCUGGCGCGGAAAACCCAAUCACCUGAAGUUUUUCAGGACCUGCUUCCGCGAAUGUGGAGGCUUGGAGGACUUUGGCAAAUUAAAAGCUCUGGAUCGGAGAUUCGAGCAGGUGGCUCUCAAGUGGCACCGCCACAAGAUGCUCGUAUGCCGACGCAACACCUGGCGUCGUUACCGCCAGAGUGUUUUGGCUAAGAAACCAUCACCCACCAAGGCGGAUCUGCUCCAGAUGAAUCACCAGCUGGAGCUGCAGGAGGAACUUCAGCGGGAGCGAAUGGUCCACCUGGCCAAGGUCAUAGAACUGUGCCAGACCCACUGCAGCGGAGUCAUCAGACCGGAUGUCCUUCGCAAGAUGCUCAGCCGCCUGGAUGAAGAGUAUGAGCACCUGGCCGGAGAUCUCGGCUUGUUGCUUAGGCAGAGGGAACAGCUUUUUCAGUAGAGGAUCCUGCCAAUCCGCAAACUUCCUGGCACCUGUUUGUGUAGUUCCUGUGCACUUGUAACAACAUUAACACCGCCAGCUGCGCUGCUCAUUAAUUUAUUUAAAUAUGUACUACGCUUUAUUAAAUUAAAAACUUGCGAA